AUGCCGCCCCAAACCACACUCGAAGACCGACAAAACCUACCUCCGACCCAUCGUGGCCGGCUUGUGGCUCUCCUCUCCCGAACAAGCCGCUACCACACUUGCCCUUUCGUCUCGCAACAUCUCGAGGCCGUUGUCCACUACGCCACGACUCGGGUGAUACCUCAACAGACGCUUGCCGAGAUCACCGUCACGUUGGACGUGCUAAGAUCACUAGCGCCGUGCGACUUCCUCGUUUUUGGGUUGGGCCACGACUCCCUCAUGUGGGCCUCGUUGAACCCUGGCGGGACGACCCUCUUCCUAGAGGAGGAGCCCAAUUGGAUCAUCAAGGUCCUCAACGAUGCUCCGGGCCUCCGGGCCGAGGCUGUGGCUUACCGGACUCAGGUCUCGGAGGCCGCCCAACUUCUCAGUCGGCACUAUCGGGACGAGCCAUCUUGUUGGGCCCAAAACUCGUUUCUACGCGGUAACAACAAGUGCAGCAUUAAAACUCGACUCGGUGGUGGCCGUGUGGAGCAGGUUAGCGUUGAACACGCUGUCGGAGUGGGACGCGACCAUGAUAGACGCGCCGCGGGGAUACUUCCAGGAGGCGCCGGGGAGGAUGGCGGCCAUAUACUCGGCAGCCGUGAUAGCGAGGCAGAGGAAGAAGGCGGGGCCCAUGCAUGUGUUUGUGCACGACGUGGACCGACCGGUUGA